AUGUCUUCCCCGUUUCUCGAUCUUCAGAGCAAUCCUAUUUCUAAGGAGAAGGUUCUCGGGAGUGGAAACUCGGCGUUAGUUGUGCUUCAAAAUAGUGUGGCCGUGAAAAUCCCUCUAAGAUGCCUUUGGAGCUCAGACUCCGACAUCGAAGGGAAUAUUCAAAACGUUUAUUAUCGCUUGCAGGGUCUUAAAGAUAAACAUUCUGUAGGCUUGUCCGUUGUAUUGGGGUUUCCAGUGAAACCACGCAACUUGCCUACACGGCUAAUGGCGAUCUUCGAAAUUGCUUUAUCAAGUGCUGACCUUCCUACUAGCUUCAACUCACAUGUUUCCAUGACAUGGCUCGCACGCUCGGCUAUAUCCAUGACAGAUGUGUACUUGUCGCGGACACCAUUCUGCGAUUUCUCGGCGGCAUCACUCUUCCCAUAG